UCCUCCUUGUGUAUGUGUGUGUGUGUAUGAGCCGUUGCUGGGGUGGACACAGUUUGAACUUUUGGAGGUGUUAGGGGAGGCAUUGGAGAAGCGGCCCGCGGUGCUGAGGAUGAAUACGGCUCUGAAACACUGGAAGGAGGCGGCGACCAUCAUUUUAGCCGCCGGGACGAGCCACAGAGCCGGCCUGGACAUUUUAUCACCACGGAGCCUGCAGAAAGGAGCCAGAGGUGGAGGGCAGCCGGCUCUGCCACACAGGUCCGCCUUUGACUACAAGGUUUUGCUGCUGAAACGAAGCAGUAAAAGCGGAUUCAUGCCCAAUGCUUAUGUGUUUCCCGGCGGGUUGGUGGACUCCUCGGACUUCUCCAGCGAGUGGCUGGACGUUUUCAAAGCUUUCAGGGACUCACCCAAUUUCGGUUUGGGGAGAGUCAAGCAGCCGGCGGAGACAAGACCUCCCAUCUUCGCCACUGACCGGGUCCCACUCGGCUCUCCUGUCCCGGGGGAGGUCGCCCUCCGGAUUUGCGCCUUGCGGGAAACCUUUGAGGAGUCAGGUGUGCUCCUGGCGGUGUCGAAAAUGGAGGAGAGCAGCUUGUUAAAAAGUAUCGCCGAUGAAACACAUCCGCAGGUGCCCAAAUUAGAUGAUCUGUGCGAUCAGGGCGAGCUGACCAAAUGGAGGUCCUUGGUCAAUAAAAGCCCCUCUAACUUCAUCCGGAUGUGCAGAGAGCUGGACUUGCUGCCCAAUAUCUGGGCUUUACAUGAGUGGGGCAACUGGCUGACACCCACAGGGGUGUAUGGGAAGGAGAGGAGGUACGACACAGCUUUUUUUAUCUGCUGCCUGCAGGCGAUUCCCCACACGCUUCAGGAUGAGAAGGAAAUUGUGCACUUCAAGUGGUCCACUCCCUCAGAGAUCCUCCACAGCUACCAGGCGAGGGAUUUGUGGAUUGCCCCGCCACAGUUCUACGAGCUCAGCCGCAUCUGCCGCUUCACAGCCCUGAGUGACCUCCACAGCUUCUCCAGCCAGCGUGCCUCCGAGGGCUGUGAGCAGUGGCUGCCAGUGCGACUGGUCAAAGAUAACUACUACGUGUCACUGCUGCCAGGUGACAGACUCUACCCAAAGGAUGGCUCAGGACAGCUUAAGAUUGACACAAGUGCAGACCUUCACCUGGACGAUUCUCAGGAGGAGCAUCCUGCCCUCCACCGCCUUGUGUUCCUGGAUCCAUACACGACAACAGUGCAGAUCACCAUCACGCCCAAGUAUAACCACCUGCUGCCUGUUGUGGGGCCAGCCGUAAAACCUGGCCCCAACAGUCAGCUAUGAAUACCAUUACACAUUUUAUAAGCCUCCUGUGCAAUAAGAUGAAAAAUAACUCUUAUUAUUAAACAAAAUAAGCUGUCAAAUAACGCAUUCUUAUUGUAAGAAGCAGCAGUUGCAGAUGGCAUUAACCUUGCACAUUCACACCUUGGAGCUCCACUGUGUAGUGCCUUGCUCAAGAGCUGGUACGAUUAGCCAGUUUAUUCCUACAGUAGACAUUAACAACAAAUUAUACCAUCAUUUUGGAGCUCUGGUGUUGCACCUCCUAUCUCACUCCUUUUCUAGGCAGUGAGCUAGUACAUAGUACAGUUUACAUUGCAUUUUGUUUGGGAUGCAUGCAUCGUGUCCUGCAAGCUUGUUGGUGCUGAUGGGGAAUAAUACAGUAGUUGGAUGCAUAUGCCUGUUUGUGAAGGUCAACUCAUGCUUGUUUGAUCCUGUAUUCACACAUUAUGUGGUUCCAUGUUGUGUUAAAAACAAGCUACACAGAUCAUUUAUUUAAAAGUUGCUUUAUAAGGUGUGAAAAAUAAGAACUCUGAUGCCAUCAAGUUAAAACCUCUGAAUGAAGUCCAUGCUCAUGAGAUGGUUUAGACUAAAUUUUUGUGGGCUCACGAAUAAAGUCAGGCCCCAUUUUAUCAGAAGUGAGAAUUAAGUCAGCGUGGUUCUAGAAGAACUUGAUUUUGUUAAAACAAAUUGCUAUAGAUUUGUAAUAGCCAUGUAACUUAUUCAUUUUGACACUUGAAGUUGAGUAUGGCUUAGGAAAAUCAGGGAAUUGCUAUUGAAGUAGGAUUGCAAACCUCAGAAAAUAUGUUAGUAAUAACUGUGAAUCUGAUAUAUCUGAGUUUACUGUUUGUAUAAUUUUUAGCAAACUUAAUAAUUGUUCCAUCAUCAAUUCAGUUAAUAAUUUCACUCUGUGCCAUGUGUACCUUUGAUCAGAAUGUAUUGGUUUUGACCGAGGACCCCAGUAGAAAUGUGUCUUGAACUGAUAUUUUUCUUCUUGGUGAAGACAUAAAUGUUAAUCCGAGCAAAUAUUUCUCUCCAAAACAAAUAAAAUCCAAGGAAAGUUCAAACCGACACAUCUUAGUGAUAAAUCAGCAUGGUGGAUGUAUGGCCAAACACUUUAAUAUUUAAAGUGAUGAGUUAGCCUCAGCUGGCUCCAGUUAGAUCACUGUAUCAGAAAAGUAGAGCCAGUACUCAGUAGAGCCAGGUAUGGACAUGUCUUACUGAGAUUUAAGUGUCACUCAGGAUGUAUGUCACAGAAAUAGGACCAGCUUUCUGUCAAAAAACAGAUUUUUUUUGUUGUUGUUGUUGUGGGUAUAUUUUGUUUGUAAAUUGUUUUAAAUAUCAAAUUGGUGGGAAAGUUGUUAAUCACAUACUUUCCUAUAGUUUGCUGUGGUGUCUUGUCAGCCUGAAUUCUCUCAUGUAAACAAAUGCAUAAUUUUAAAUAUUGUUUGACUACUUUAUAGACAGGAGCAAAUAUAUAACAUUGUAGUAUGUAUUUAUACUUACUUUACAUUUUUGCAUAGCCGAUGUAUAGCUGUACACUUAUUAGUUCCCACAAGGGAAAUCAUUAUGUAACCAUUUUAUUUUAACCAAAUUUAACUCAAAGCCAUAGCAACAGGCUUACCAGAUAUUAUAUAAAAUGGACUUAAAGACAACACCUACUGUCAGUAAGUGAUGAGUGUGCGUGUGUGGGCCAGUGGGCUAUGACCGUCCCUCUCAGUGGGAGUGCAUAUGUCAGGCGCAGUGUGGGUUCCACUUCCUCUCCUUUGGGUGUCCUCCUGGCUCACAGUGGCGUCCCUCAUUGCAUAUUAAUUACUCAUAAGAAAUAAUCUCUGUCAAAUGGGUUGAACCCCAUCUCUGCCAUUUAUAAACGUUCAUUUGCUGACAGCUACUAAUUUGAUCUCUGAUGCUGUGGUAGCCGAAAUCACUUUUUAAAUUGUUCAUGUUAGCUCGAUGAACUUUAUGAUACUAUUUUUUCUCAGUAUGGUUUGUUGUUUAUUUGCAAAAUCACACUAUGAUGCAUGAUGGUCAGAGUAUAUUAUGUUCAGUGGAUGAGCUGAAUAAAGCAGGCAGCACAAUGAGCCUUUUUAAACAAAAGGCUGCUGUUUAUGGCUCUGCUGUCAAUCUUAAUAUUGGGUGUUUUGUUAAGACUGCCAAAGAAAUAUAUUUGGCUUGAAAUGUAGAAAAUGUCAUAUUUAAAAAUUUUUAGUGAUUAUGGGCUUGUGCAGUGAGAGACAAUGUAGGAUUUUCAUCAGUGGAAAUAAGGAUGGUGGUGACCAUAGCCUUAUGACCACUGUUGGGCAGAUUACUAUGAAAAAUAAAAUCUCAGUUGUUGUGUGA